AUGGCCGAAAACGGGUCCCCUCGACGUAUCAGGUGGCCGGCCGACGACUACAACCAGCUAGCCACCUUAGAAGUCGACCAAGAGCGGCCAAGGACCCCUGACUCUGAAUUCCGACAAUUGUACAACCAAAUACAUUCGACAUGCCACCUCAUCAACAUCGACUGGGACCGCAUAUGCGUCCUCGGCUUAGCCACCAUCUCCGUCAUGCUCAUCGUCAUCACCUUCUUUCCAUUCUUGCAAACCCAACUCAAAAGUGUGUACCACGAGCAUUCCGUACUUUCAAUCUUCUUGGAUCACGAGCUACUUUGGGUCACGAGGACGCUCGACUUUUUCAUUGACAUUGGGGACAAUAUAGCUUUUAAUGUGAGCAUGAAUAAGAUUACUGUUUCUGUUCCGGAUUCUUUUGUCCCAACCGCGUUUUUAGAGAGUCGGGCGUUGAAUAAGUCCCUCCAUUUCAAGUUGAAGUACGAUGGGAUGAUGAGGGAAGGUAUGGCCGCUUGGGAGGAGGAGAGGGCGCAUUUGUAUGUCAUUUGUGGCUGGAUUCAAGUUGCAUUUGUUGAUAAUACCACGCUUAAGGGGGGACCGGCAAAUUGUUCUAUAGAAAAUUAA